AUGAAUCUGGACGGCGAGACGAAUCUUAAGUUGCGCCAGGCGCUUCACGAGACGUAUGCUCUAGACGGGUCGCAGCUGGCGAGAUUAAGAGGCACUGUGGAGUGCGAGCAUCCUAACGUCUCAAUUUACACGUUCACGGGGAAGAUGCGCCUCGAGGGCCUUCAAGAGACGCCCAUUUUCCUCUCGCCGACUAACAUUCUCCUUCGCGGCUCCAAGUUACGAAACACGCGGUUCGCGGUGGGUCUGGUGGUGUACUCGGGGCGCGAGACGAAGAUCAUGAUGAACGCCACGGAUCCGCCGUCCAAGCGAAGCUUCGUGGAAAGGCGGCUGGAUUACGUCAUCAUUUUCGAGCUCGUUCUCAUGCUGACGCUCGCGAUCUUCCCCGCCGCCGUCUUCGCGGCGCGGCUGUCGUACCAGGAGCAGUACAUGUGGUACCUGGAGCUGGAUCAGAACGCGCAGCUCACGGGGCUUAACAAGGCGCAGUAUAACGCGGACAACCCCGCUCUCGCGGGCGUGCUGCAGUUCUUCACGUGCCUCGUGCUCUAUGGUAUGGCGAUUGGCGUUCCCUCUUGUACCCUCCCUCUCAUCCGCUCCCUCUCAUCCCCUCCCUCUCGUCCCCUCCCUCUCAUCCCCUCCCUCUCAUCCUCUCCCUCUCAUCCCCCUUUCGUCCCGUUCCCUCUCAUCCCUUCCCUCUCAUCCCUUCCCUCUCAUCCCUUCCCUCUCAUCCCUUCCCUCUCAUUCCUUCCCUCUCAUUCCCUCCAUCCCCUUCCCUCCUCUCAUCAGCCCCCCUCUCGUUCCGUCCUUUCUCAUUCCCUCCCCUCACUUGCCCUCCCAACUCACAUUCUUUCUCCUCUCACCCCCCUCCCCCUUCACAUCCCCUCCCCUCCCAUCCCCUCCCCUCUUAUCCCUUCCCCUGUCAUCCCCUCCCAUAUCAUCCCUUCCGCUCUCACCCCCUCCCCACUCACCCCCUCCCCUCUCACCACCUCCCCUGUCUUCCCCUCCCCUCUCAUCCUCUCCCCUCGCUGCGUGCCUGUGUGCCCGUUACCCAUGCCCCGUAUCCCCAUCUCCUGCAGGCUACUUGGUGCCCAUAUCGCAGUGCACAACACUGCACAUGCCCAUGUGCUCGCCUCGACCGUCCCCUCUCUGCUCUUCGGAACCCUCACUAUGGGCUGCCAUCGUGUGGCCCCUACCUCCCUCCGCCCCCACAGGCUAUUCGUCCCCAUCGUGCUGCACGUGGCGCUGGAGGCCGUGCAGCUGCUGCACGCUGCCACUGCCCCUCUGCUCACCACACGGUGCCUCUGCUCCUCUUAUCCGUCUCCUCUCUACCCGCCUGUCCCUCACCCUGUGCCCCCGACACUUCGCCCUGCAGGCUACUUCGUGCCCAUUGCGCUGCACGUGGCGCUGGAGAUACUCUGGCUACUUUGUGCCCAUAUUGCUGUACGUGACGUGACGAUGGAGGUCGUCAAGCUGCUGCAGGCUGCCACGACCCCUCUAUGCAUGCCCUCCUCUCCUCCGUGCGCACCCCCCACCUCCCCCCCCCUGCAGGCUACUUCGUGCCCAUCUCGCUGUACUCGACGCUGGAGAUGCUCGUGUGCUUCGCUCUUCCGUCUCCUCUCUGCUAUGCUCCUCGGCUACUUCGUGCCGAUAUCGCUGUACGUGACGAUGGAGAUAGUGAAGCUGCUGCAGGCGGUGACGAUAUCGAUGGACCUGCACAUGUACUACGAGGACAAGGACAUCCCCGCCCUCGCCCGCACCUCCAACAUCAACGAGGAGCUCGGCAUGGUGCGCACGGUGCUGUCAGACAAGACGGGCACGCUGACGCGCAACCAGAUGGAGUUCUUCAAGUGCUCCAUCGCCGGCACCCCCUACGGCAUGGGCGUCACCGAGGUCGAGAAGGCCGCCGCCCAGCGCGCAGGCCGCCCUCCCCCACAAGAGGACGAGGACGACGACCAGGUGUACCUCCCCGAGCGCCCCCUGGAGAAGGGGUUCAACAUGCGGGAUCCAAGGCUGGACGGCAUGAAGUGGGUGGAGCAGCCGUGUGCCGAUGAAAUCCGACGGUUCCUGGAGGUGCUGUCCGUGUGCCACACUGUCGUGGUGGACACGGCUCCCAUUGAGCGCACUGCUAGUAGUAACAUCUUUGCCAUGGGGACUGCUGCGGGCGUGGGGGGUGAGGGUGGUAUGGGGAAUGGUGCAGGCGGGGUGGGCGAGGGGGCGAGUCCUGGGAUGAAGAGCAGCAGCAGCAGCGUGAGCCUCGCGAGUGGAGGGUCCAGCGUGAGAGGUGGCGGGGCGGGCAGUGCAGGCGCGGGUGUGAUGGGCGGAGGGGGCACGCCGCUGCUGCCAGGGGAAGGGGAAAGUGGGGGAGAGACACCGUCCCCGCUGGUACCGGGGGGGGAGGAGGCGGUGGAUGGCGAGGCGGUGAGGUUCCUGGCGGAGUCACCCGACGAGGCGGCGUUUGUGGUGGCGGCGAAGCGCCUGGGGUUCCUGUUCCUGGGGCGGCAGGGCAACGAGCUCAAAGUGCGCGAGUAUGGGGCGCGGUGGAGUGUGGUGCAGGACCGGUCGUACGAGCUGCUCAACACUCUCGAGUUCACCAGCCACCGCAAGCGCAUGUCAGUGGUGGUGCGCACGCCAGAGGGGCGCCUGCUGCUGCUCUGCAAGGGCGCCGACAGCGUCAUCAUGGACCGCCUCGGGGCCUCCGAGCAGGCUCAGAAGUACCGGCCAAUCACAGAGCGCCACAUGACCAUGUACGCGGAGGCCGGGCUGAGAACGCUGGCGAUUGCGUGGAGGGAGGUGGGCGAGGAGGAAUACGCGGUGUGGCAGCAGCGGUGGGUGGAGGCGAAGGGGUAUGUGGCGGAUGCGGGUGUGCAGGCAGAGCGGCUGGAGGCGCUGGCUGAUGAACUGGAGAGUGAGCUGGUGCUCGUGGGCGCCACUGCCAUUGAGGACAAGCUGCAGGUGGGAGUGCCACAGGCGAUAGAGGCGUUGGCGGUGGCGGGGAUAAAUCUGUGGGUGCUGACGGGGGACAAGCUGGAGACGGCCAUCAACAUCGGCUUCGCGUGCAGCCUGCUGCGCCACCACAUGCAGCAGCACCUCGUCUUCCUCGAAGAUAAUGACGCCGCUGUCAAGGAGGCUGCCAGAAGGGGCGUGCCGCUCAAGGAGGACCACUCCCUCUCCUCUGCACACUCCCCUCCCCACUUUCCAACCCCCUCCCUCCCCAACACUUGUUUGCACCCUCCCCUCGCGCCGUGCCUCCGCGCGCUGCAGUUUGCAGCAGAGCUGGUGCGCUCACAGAUCCUGGCAGCCAGUGAGUCCGUGCACGGCGCACAGUGGGCAGGCGCACAAGGGGGGGGCGCACAGGAGGGAGGCGCACAAAGAGAAGGCAGCGCAGAGGCCAGUGGGAGAACCAGCAACCGUGCCGAUAAUCAUGCGCAGGAACACAGCGGCGACGGGGGCGGAAGCGAGGGCGGGAGCGAGGGCGUGGGUGGGAGUGGGAGUGAGAGUGGGAGCGAGGGCGGGGCGGCACAGGAGCACGCAGUGGUGAUAGACGGCAAGGCACUGGCACUGGUGCUGGCAGAUGACGCCCUCCGUGCUGCUUUCCUGGAGCUGGCGCUGCAGUGUGCGUCCGUCAUCUGCUGCCGCGUGUCGCCCAAGCAGAAGGCGCAGGUGACGGCCAUGGUGCGGCGCGAGGGCAAGCAGAUCUGCCUCGCCAUUGGGGACGGGGCUAAUGACGUGGGCAUGAUCCAGAAGGCGAACAUUGGCGUGGGCAUUCGUGGCGAGGAGGGACAGCAGGCUGUCAUGGCGUCAGACUUUGCCAUUGGGCAGUUCAGAUUCCUGGAGCGGCUGCUGCUGGUGCACGGGGGGUGGUGCUACAAGCGCAUCUGCAUUCUGAUAACCUAUUUCUUCUACAAGUGUUUUGUGUUCGCGUUCACCAUCCUCUUCUACAACUGCCUCGCCUACUUCUCCGGCACGGCGGUGUACUACGACUGGUACCUCACGCUCUUCAUGGUCUUCUUCACCUCGCUGCCCAUCGCCGUCGUGGGAGUCAUGGACCAGGACGUCAAGGCCGUCUACCGCCUGCGCUACCCGCAGCUCUACAAGCAGGGCCAGCGCAACGAGUACUUCUCAGUGGUGAGUGUGGCGAGCUGGAUGGUGAACGGGCUGGUGCAGGCGGGCAUCCUCUUCACGCUCACGCUGCUGCCCUUCGCCCUCGUGCCCGACCGCCCCACCGGGCUCAUCCUGGACCUCACGGCCGUGGGCACCAUCAUGUAUGCUUCUGUCGUCACCACCGUCAACCUUGAACUCGGCUCCAACGUGCAGUAUUGGAACGCACUGCACUUCAUCACCAUAUUCGGGUCCAUCCUCUUCUUCUUCAUCCUCAUGACGAUCGGCAGCUACCUGCCCGCCAAUUGGGUCGGCAAUCUGGUGGGAGUGGCCGGCCAGCUGCUGCCCGCCGCCAGCUUCUGGCUCAACCUGCUGCUCGCCGUGGUGGCCGCCAUGCUGCCAUCCUACACCAUCCGGGGGAUCUGGAGGCAUGUAUGCCCGGGCGACCAUGAGGUGGUGCAGGAGAUCGAGCGCAGAGAGAGGCGGCGAAGGUUGACGCGGCUCUCCACCAUGGCACGCCACAUGUGCACCGGUGCACCACUGGUGACCAAUCACGGCGCGACUGGCGCUGCUGACGUGGAGAGGUCGGCCCAUGGCACUGCUGGUAGCGAUGACAGUGGGGAGGGGAAGGGGAAGGGGAAAAAGAAGGGGGUGGGUGGGGUGGGGAACGGGGUUGUGGGAGAGUACCAGGUGGCAGCAGAGCAGGGUCCGAGUGUGGCUGAGGAGUUGAGACACAGACACAGCAGCAGCAGAGACACUCAGCAGUAA